ACACGACUACUCAUUUCUCACUAAGGUUUGUGGCCUCUCCUCUCCGCUUCACUCCUCUCCCAACUAAGCACCCAUAGACGCCAUAGUUGUUCUUCACUCCUCCUUGCUUCUCUGAUUGCAUUCCCGUUUUCGCUAAUCCUUAACAAACCCUAGCACCAGAUUUCAGCAAAGGUUUCAACUUGGGCAGCAGCAAGGAUUGAAAAUCACCGGGCAUUACAUUUCUUUAUCUGAAUUCUGCUCAUUGCAGUUGACUGGAUGAGCUCCCCAUGCAUUUAUUAGAUAUUGCUACUACAGUAACUACACGGCCUGUUUGCCAGAAAGAUGUUUGUGCAGUUAGUUCUCAACUUCUCUUCUGUAAUAGAUUCAAGUCUGGGAAGGAUAUUAGGUUUGCGUCGGUAUGGAAAUCUUUCUGUGUACCGGAAAAAGCUCAGAGUUUUGGGGGAAUUAAGUUAUGCCGGGGUGGGUUGAUGAUAAGAGCAGUGGCUACUCUUGAAAAAGAAUCAACCCAAUCUAACCAGGUAAGUGAGGAUGGUGGUGGCUAUCAAAGUAGUACGGGAACGAGUAUUGGUUCUGGAAACUCGACUUGCAGUGCCAUUGAGGGACAAUCUCAAACUGAUGAGUUAACUAAAUUGGAUGAAAUAGAGAAGUUAAGACGGAGUAGGAUUUCAAAAGCUAACAAAGGGAAGACACCUUGGAAUAAAGGCAGGAAGCAUAGUCCGGAAACUCUGCAGAAGAUUAAAGAGAGAACCAGGAUUGCAAUGCGAGAUCCUAAGGUAAGGAUGAAGCUAGUCAACUUCGGGCAUGCUCAAAGUGAGGAAACAAGGUUAAAAAUUGGAGUUGGUGUGCGAGCUGGGUGGGAAAAGCGCCAAAAGAUGCUGAAACUGCAGGAGACAUGCUGCUAUGAAUGGCAGAAUUUAAUUGCAGAAGCUUCUAGAAAGGGCCUUUCUGGUCAGGAAGAGUUGCAAUGGAACUCAUAUAAGAUUUUGAAUAGACAGCUUGAGAAGCACUGGAUGCAGAGUGUCGAGCAAAGGAAAACACGUAGACAGAAAGGAAACAAGAGAGCUCCAAAAUCUGCUGAGCAGAGGAGGAAAAUUGCCGAGGCCAUUGCCGCUAAAUGGGCUGAUCCCGAUUACCGUAAUCGGGUCUGCUCUUCUCUAGCUAAAUUUCAUGGCACAAGAGAGGGGGUUGAAAGAAAGCCAAGGAGAAAGCCAAGUAGUGAUGGACAGACCCAAAACAGAAGACCACCCAAUAAGAAAGUUGAUAUUGGUGGUGUAACUGUUCAUAAUCAUAGGCCUCAAACAAAACAAGCCACGAUAAAGAAAAGCUAUACACCAAAAUACAAGGAUCCUUUAGCACAUUCCAAGCUAGAAAUGUUAAGGAAUAUCAGGGCACGGAGAGCAGUGGCUGACAACGAGAAAAUUGAAGCUGUUAAAAGAGCAAAGUUGUUGAUUGCUGAGGCUGAGAAGGCGGCAAAGGCUCUUGAGGUUGCUGCCAGGCAGAGUCCUGUUGCUCGAGCAUCCCUUGUUGAGACCAGGAAUCUCAUUGCAGAAGCAAUUCAAUUCAUUGACUCCAUAGAUAUGGAAGAGAUACUUUCGGGUCAAAAUGAGGGAGACCCAUUACUUACAUUGCCUGAAAUCACCAAUGUUGAUGAUUUAACAGAUGCAGAUGCGGAACAUUUGGAUGAAAUUGACACGAGAAAAGCAAAUGGAGCCCACGUAUUGAUGCCCAAUGGUGAAGAUUUUCACAGCUUCAACUUUACCAAAAGCUUCCAUGGUUUAUUGAACGGUAAUGAAACAGCAGUCUUGUCAAGCUCAGACGACUAUGAUUUACUUGGCAGCAAGGAAAAUUUGUACCAAGUGAUUUCAAGUGAUGUGGCACCACCACCAGUUGAGGAAGUGAUGCACGCCUCCGAGUCUGGUGAUCACAAGGCAAAUGAGGUUGAAGAAGAUGAGCACGAGUCACCGCCACAUGAAAUGACAUUGCAGUCCGAGCCAUUGCCAAAUGGAUUGAUAUCUCAGCCCGAGAGUGCCCAUCCCGCGUCAAAUAGCACAGCCACAACCAAGCAAUGGAUUCGUGGGAGAUUGGUUGAUGUAGCCAAGGAAGGUUAGAUUCAGUUACGAUAUAUUUACAUAUUUAGCUAUGCUGUCAUUCACUCAUUCCAACUGGAGGAGACAUAGAAAACUUCUUUCAUCUUAGGUCAUUAGCUUUCUCUGAUUCUGUUGUAGUAUCUAUAUAGUGUCCAUCUUGUAAAAAAAAUUUCUCCAGUCAUAACUAUGCACUUCUUUCUGCCUGCCUAAUUUAUUGAAUAUUUCAUAGAGCUUUGGCA